AGUUGUUUUUCUAAACAGCCUGACACUGAGGGGAGGCAGUGAGAUUAUAAGAAGUCCGGGUUAGGCGGAAGGCAGAAAACCAGCAGAGUCGCAGAGGAGAUGGCCAGCUGCCAAAAAGCCAUCUUGUAUCAGAGAUUCCGGAGAGUGGUCUUUGGAAUUGCCCGACUCCUUUGCUUCAGCGCCCUGAUCUCUGAACUAACAAACCAGAAAGAAGUGGCAGCGUGGACUUAUCAUUACAGCACAAAAGCAUACUCAUGGAAUACUUCCCGCAAAUACUGCCAGAAUCGCUACACAGACUUAGUGGCCAUCCAGAAUAAAAAGGAAAUUGAUUACCUCAAUGAGGUCCUACCCUACUACAGCACCUACUACUGGAUUGGGAUCCGAAAGAGCAAUAAGACAUGGACCUGGGUGGGAACCAAAAAGGCUCUCACUAAAGAGGCUGAGAACUGGGCUGAUAAUGAACCUAACAACAAAAGGAACAACGAGGACUGCGUGGAGAUCUACAUCAAGAGUCCGUCAGCCCCUGGCAAGUGGAAUGAUGAGCACUGCUUGAAGAAAAAGCACGCAUUGUGUUACACAGCCUCCUGCCAGGACAUGUCCUGCAGCAAACAAGGAGAGUGCCUCGAGACCAUCGGGAACUACACCUGCUCCUGUUACCCUGGAUUCUAUGGGCCAGAAUGUGAAUAUGUGACAGAGUGUGGAGAACUUGAGCUCCCUCAACACGUGCUUAUGAACUGCAGCCACCCUCUGGGAAACUUCUCUUUUAACUCGCAGUGCAGCUUCCACUGUGCUGACGGGUAUCAAGUAAAUGGGCCCAGCAAGCUGGAAUGCUUGGCUUCUGGAAUCUGGACACAUAAGCCUCCGCAGUGUUUAGCUGCCCAGUGCCCACCCCUGAAGAUUCCUGAAAGAGGAAACAUGACCUGCCUUCAUUCUGCAAAAGCAAUCCAGCAUCAGUCUAGCUGCGGCUUCAGUUGUGAAGAGGGAUUUGCAUUAGUUGGACCAGAAGUGGUGCAAUGCACAGCCUCGGGGGUAUGGACAGCCCCAGCCCCAGUGUGUAAAGCUGUGCAGUGUCAGCACCUGGAAGCCCCCAGCGAAGGAUCCAUGGACUGUAUUCAUCCACUCGCUGCUUUUACAUAUGGCUCCAACUGUAAAUUUGAGUGCCAGCUCGGCUACAGAGUGAGGGGCUUGGACACGCUCCGUUGCAUUGGCUCUGGACACUGGUCUGCACCCUUGCCAACCUGUGAGGCUAUUUCGUGUGAGCCGCUGGAGAGUCCUGUCCACGGAAGCAUGGAUUGCUCUCCAUCCUUGAGAGCGUUUCAGUAUGAUACCAACUGUAGCUUCCGCUGUGCUGAAGGUUUCAUGCUGAGAGGAGCUGAUAUAGUUCGGUGUGAUAACUUGGGACAGUGGACAGCGCCAGCCCCAGUCUGUCAAGCUUUGCAGUGCCAGGAUCUCCCAGUUCCAAAUGAGGCUCAGAUGAACUGCUCCCACCCCUUUGGUGCCUUUAGGUACCAGUCAGUCUGCAGCUUCACCUGCAAUGAAGACUUACUCUUGGUGGGAGCGAGUGUGCUACAGUGCUUGGCUACUGGAAACUGGAAUUCUGUUCCUCCAGAAUGCCAAGCCAUUCCCUGCACACCUUUGCUAAGCCCUCAGAAUGGAACAAUGACCUGUGUCCAACCUCUUGGAAGUUCCAGUUAUAAAUCCACCUGUCACUUCAUCUGUGAUGAGGGAUUUUCUUUGUCUGGACCAGAAAGAUUGGAUUGUACUCGAUCGGGACGCUGGACAGACUCCCCACCAACGUGUGAAGUCAUCAAGUGCCCAGAACUCUUCGCCCCAGAGCAGGGCAGCCUGGAUUGUUCUGACACUCAUGGAGAAUUCAAUGUUGGCUCCACCUGCCAUUUCUCUUGUAACAAGGGCUUUAAGCUGGAGGGGCCCAAUAAUGUGAAAUGCACAACUUCUGGAAGAUGGUCAGCUACUCCACCAGCCUGCAAAGGCAUAGCAUCACUUCCUAGUCCAGGGGUGCAAUGCCCAGCCCUCACCACACCUGGGCAGGGAACCAUGCACUGUAGGCAUCAUCCGGGAACCUUUGGUUUUAAUACCACUUGUUACUUUGGCUGCAAUGCUGGAUUCACACUCAUAGGAGACAGCAUUCUCAGCUGCAGACCUUCAGGACAAUGGACAGCAGUAACUCCAACAUGCAGAGCUGUGAAAUGCCCAGAACUACAUGUUAAUAAGCCAAUAGUGAUGAACUGCUCCAACCUCUGGGGAAACUUCAGUUAUGGAUCGAUCUGCUCUUUCCAUUGUCUAGAGGGCCAGUUACUUAAUGGCUCAGCACAAACAGCAUGCCAGGAGAAUGGCCACUGGUCAACUACCAUGCCAACCUGCCAAGCAGGACCACUGACUAUUCAGGAAGCCCUGACUUACUUUGGUGGAGCGGUGGCUUCUACAACAGGUCUGAUAAUGGGUGGGACGCUCCUGGCUUUGCUAAGAAAGCGUUUCAGACAAAAAGAUGAUGGGAAAUGCCCCUUGAAUCCUCACAGCCACCUAGGAACAUAUGGAGUUUUUACAAAUGCUGCAUUUGACCCGAGUUCUUAAGGUGGUGAUGACGUGACCUUUCCUGCAAAGCAGAAGUCAAGACUGCUGAAAAAUGUUUUCGAUCUGCUAUGGAGUCAAUUCCCUAUGCUACCUGCUGGAAAAACAAAAAUAAUCUGAUGCUAUCCCUCUCCCAAAAAAUUCAGUGGGUAGCUGAGUGUCCUACAAAAAACCUGAAUGGCAGAAUAUUCAAAAUCUAGAAAGAAAAGAUUAUGCUGAGCCUCAGGGGGUAGAUAUGAUGAGCAAUUUUUUUCUUUCCUUUUUUUUUUUUUAAGGAAAUGAUAAUUAUUUAAAUUUCUUUGGUCUCAUUUUCAGAGACCUGUCCUUUUCCUGGUCACCUCAUUCAGCUCCAUAUGAUCCUGUUGUGAACAUCAAGUUUCCUGCUAGACUUGACUUAACUAUAAUGCAUUUGCUGCAGUUUUCCAUAAACACCUGUGAAUCAAAGACAUGGAAUUACCUUAGAUUAGCUCUGGACCAGCCUGUUGGACCAGCUUUGGACCAACCCUGUUUCCUGAGUUUGGGAUUGUGGUACAAUCUCAAAUUCUCCACCUACCACCCCUUCCUGCCCCACCUCUUCUCUUCCUGUAAUACAAGCCACAGAAGCCAGGAGCAAAUGUUUCUGUAGUAGUCUCUGUGCUUUGACUCACCUGUCACUUGAACUACCAGUGAACCAAAGAGACUGGAGCAUCUGACUCACAAGAAGACCAGACUGUGGAGAAACAAAAAUACCUCUUUAUUUUUUGAUUGAAGGAAGGCUUUCUCUACUUUGUUGGAAAGCAGGUGGCAUCUCUAACUGGAAGCAAUUCCUGCAGCAUCUUCUGGAGUCUCCAGUGGUUGCUGUUGAUGAGGCCUCUUGGACCUCUGCUCUGAGGCUUCCAGAGAGUCCUCUGGAUGGCACCAGAGGCUGCAGAAGGCCAAGAAUCAAGCCAGGAGGAUACAUGUCACUGUGGACCUUCCUGCCACCAGUCACUGUCCCUCAAAGGACCCAAAGACCAAUAUUCAAAUGUAUAAUUAAAAGAAUUUUCCCCAAA